AUGAGUAUUGGCAACUUCCAAGCAACUUCACCGUGGAAUAAAUUUCUCAAGUCUUGCGGAAUUCAAGCUGCACCUUCUCUGAUAUUCAGGCCUCAAAGGCUAUCGAUAAGGUGUGGGGUCCAGUUUCGACCUUGCAUUGACAUUCACAAGGGGAAGGUGAAGCAAAUUGUUGGCUCCACUCUUAAAGAUUCCAAAGGGGGAGAUUCAAGCCUAGUCACUAAUUAUGAAUCUGAUAGAUCGGCUGCUGAAUAUGCAAAACUUUACAAGUCUGAUAGGCUUACUGGUGGUCAUGUAAUCAUGCUUGGAGCUGAUCCUUUGAGCAAAUCAGCAGCCAUUGAAGCAUUACAUGCCUAUCCUGGUGGAUUGCAAGUUGGAGGUGGUAUCAAUUCAAUCAAUGCUUUGAGUUAUGUAGACGAAGGAGCAAGCCAUGUCAUUGUGACAUCAUAUGUGUUCAGUAAUGGAGAAAUAAACUUCGAACGGCUUAAGGAACUUGCUCAUCUUGUUGGAAAGCAGAGACUCGUACUGGAUCUUAGUUGCAGAAAGAAGGAAGAUAAGUAUGCAAUCGUCACAGAUAGAUGGCAAAAGUUCAGCGAUGUAUAUCUCAAUGAAAAAGUAUUGGCUCUUCUUGCCAAUUUUGCUGAUGAGUUUCUUGUCCAUGGAGUUGAUGUUGAAGGGAAAAAGCUGGGAAUUGAUGAAGAGCUUGUGGCGUUGCUUGGCAGGCACUCACCGAUUCCGGUGACCUACGCAGGCGGUGUCACUGUCAUGGCUGAUUUAGAGAAGAUCAAAGUUGCAGGAAUGGAACGCGUCGAUGUCACUGUGGGUAGUGCUUUGGAUAUUUUUGGAGGAAACUUGGCAUACAAAGAUGUUGUGGAUUGGCAUUCUCAGCAAGAGGCUUUUGCAGUUUGA